GAUAGAAACAUGAGACAAAAAGGAUGACAUUAUACACCAUUACUAAUAGUCUCAGAAUGAGUCAUGAAAAUGAAACUUCAAAUCUAACAAGUAAACAAUUUUUUGUGAAGAAACAAACAACUCUCAGCUCUCCUUCGGAGACGACGAUGCUCUCUUCCCCAUCUCUCUCUAGCUCCCCCAAACUCUCGCCUUCUUCUCUCCUCCCCUUCUCUUCCCUCCCUUUCCUCCAUACCCAUCGUCUCCCAAACCCUCCUUUCAAGUACCCUCUCUUCACUGUGAUUCGUCUCCGGAGCUCUGGAUUUUGGGCUCGGAACUCCGGUUCUAGUUCUGGUCCUUCCUCUAAUGCUGACACUUCAGUAGUGGCAGCCGAGGCGGAGGUGGUUGCUGAUGAGGAUGACGAAGCGUCUCAACUCUUUGAGAGGUUGAAGAAUGCGGAGAGAGAACGAGUUGAGAAACUAGAGAAAUUAGAAGAGAAAGCGAAUUUGCAACUUGAAAGGCGGCUCAUUUUGGCUUCUAGUUGGAGUAGAACGUUGUUGACUUUGCGAGGGAAGUUAAAAGGAACUGAAUGGGAUCCUGAAAACUCCCAUAGGAUUGAUUAUAGUGAUUUCUUGAGGUUGUUGAACUCGAACAAUGUGCAUUUUAUGGAGUACUCAAACUUCGGCCAAACCAUCUCUGUGAUUUUGCCAUAUUACAAAGAUGAGAACGCUGCACAGGCUAAUGGUAACUCAAACAAGGAAAUUAUAUUUCGUCGGCAUAUUGUUAAUCGAAUGCCAAUUGAUGGGUGGACUGAUGUUUGGCAGAAAUUACAUCAACAAAUUAUAAAUGUUGAUGUUUUUAAUGUUGACACUGUUCCUGCAGAAGUCUACUCCACCAUUGCAACUGCCGUCAUCUGGUCUAUGCGAUUUGCUCUUUCUAUUGGUAUAUACCUCUGGAUUGAUAGGAUGGCAAGACCAAUUUAUGCCAAGUUAAUACCCUGUGAUUUGGGUGCUCCAACAAAACAGGCAAGGUUGCCGCUUAAGCGCAAUGCACUAGGAUCUUUAGGCAAAAGCCGGGCAAAAUUCAUAUCAGCUGAAGAAACUACAGGUGUCACAUUUGAAGAUUUUGCUGGGCAAGAGUACAUCAAGAAGGAAUUGCAGGAGAUUGUUCGAAUCCUUAAAAAUGAGGAAGAAUUUCAAGAUAAAGGAAUUUACUGCCCCAAAGGGGUGCUUCUUCAUGGACCACCUGGCACUGGAAAAACCCUGUUGGCUAAAGCAAUUGCUGGUGAAGCAGGGCUUCCUUUCUUUGCUGCAAAUGGCACGGAUUUUGUUGAGAUGUUUGUAGGUGUUGCAGCAUCACGAGUCAAAGACCUGUUUGCAACUGCCAGAUCAUAUGCGCCAUCUAUUAUUUUUAUUGAUGAGAUUGAUGCAAUUGGCAGCAAACGUGGUGGACCUGAUAUCGGCGGGGGUGGUGCUGAACGGGAGCAAGGUUUGCUUCAGAUCUUAACUGAGAUGGAUGGGUUUAAACAAUCCACAUCACAGGUUUUAGUUAUAGGUGCAACUAACCGCUUGGAUAUAUUAGAUCCAGCACUUUUGAGGAAGGGCCGCUUUGAUAAAAUUAUCAGAGUUGGCUUGCCAUCAAAAGAUGGAAGGUUAGCAAUAUUGCAGGUACAUGCGAGGAACAAAUAUUUUCGUUCAGAAAUGGAAAAGGAUAUCCUCCUACAAGAAAUUGCCGAGCUCACAAUGGAUUUUACAGGAGCUGAACUGCAAAAUAUACUGAAUGAGGCUGGGAUUUUGACCGCUAGAAAAGAUCUGGACUUCAUUGGACGGGAGGAACUACUGGAGGCCUUGAAAAGGCAAAAAGGUACUUUUGAGACGGGUCAAGAAGAUAGUAAAGAAAUGCCAGAGGAGUUAAAGCUUAGGUUAGCAUACAGAGAAGCAGCUGUGGCUGUUCUUGCAUGUUACUACCCAGAUCCUCACCAUCCAUUUACUGAUACUGACAUUCUUACAAUUACUAGCAAGCCAAAGAUGCGUUAUGCUGAAGUUUCUGGGAGAGCUUUUGCUAGAAAAUCAGAUUAUGUGAACUCUAUAGUAAGAGCUUGUGCACCUAGAGUAAUUGAGGAGGAGAUAUUUGGGAUCGACAACUUGUGUUGGAUAUCAGCGAAGGCCACAUCAGAUGCAUCAACACGAGCAGAAGUUUUGAUUCUCCAUACGGGGAUGACAGCAUUCGGAAAAGCAUAUUAUAGGAAUCAGAGUGAUCUUGUGCCUAAUCUUGCAGCAAAAUUGGAAGCUCUUAGAAGUGAAUACAUGCGCUUUGCCGUGGAGAAAUGCUCAUCCAUAUUGAGGGAAUAUCGUUCAGCAGUUGAGACAAUCACAGAUGUUUUGCUUGAGAAAGGAGUGAUUAACGCAGAAGAAAUUUGGGAUAUAUUCAAGAAGGCUCCUCGCAUCGCACAGCCACAUGUUUAUCCAGUUGAUGAGUAUGGGGCGUUGAUUUAUGCUGGAAGAUGGGGAAUUCACGGGAUCUCUCUCCCGGGUAGGGUCACCUUUGCACCAGGGAAUGUGGGGUUUUCUACAUUCGGUGCACCCAGACCUUUGCAGACACAGAUUAUCAAUGACAAGACUUGGAAGUUGAUUGAUGGUAUCUGGGACAAAAGGAUUCAAGAAAUCAAAGAUGAAGCUUCUGUGCAGAUCGAAGAAGAUGAGGGAAAGCCACAGCUUUUGAUGGCAGAUCACUUACUCUGAGAGUUUUAUGCUGCACAUGUAUUAGUGGUUCUUUCAGAUACAAAAAGGGUUGUAGUUGUAAAGUGAAACAGUUGAGAGACACUGAAACAAAAUGCAGGUGCUACUACGAUUCCAAAUUUUCUAUUCUACAAUGGACAAUCAAUUGUUCGACAGGCCAGAGUCUAGCUUGGAGUCUGAAAUAAAACUACGAAACUGAAGAUUCGAGAGAUGUGCUGCCGGAACUCCCAUUUGUGGCCAUAUGAUAUACAGUUAUGACACCAUACUUGAUAAAUGCCGUGGAUAAUCGAGAACUUCUCAUCAAGAGCCAUGCCGGACUUGCCUGAAUAAAUCUUUUGCUCGAGCCUGUAAACGUUGUGACUGAGCAGCAUCACAAUUUUCCUGUCGAAAAUUUUGUACAAGUUCUAUCAUUCUGUAGCCCCUAUAUAAUGUGAACAGAUUUUGCCUACAAGCGGAGUUUGUAAAACCAGAUUCUCCAUCUUAUAAUGCCAUUCUGAAAUUGUUUA